AUGGAGCUAGAAGUCUUGGAAAUAUGUCCUUAUGACCCAAACCACAGGAUGUCAGCCAGCAGGUUACAGUACCACCUGGCAUCAUGUAGAAAGGUGAAUCCCACAAAACUAAAAAAGAUGGCUAACUGCAAAUAUAAUGCUUGCCAUGUGGUCCCAAUCAAAAGGCUCAAAGAACAUGAGGCUAACUGUGUCAAUAGAACUGCUAUAGAUGACGAUAACACACAUCAUUCUCCUUCAUUUGUCCUUAAGACAUUUGCUCCAAAAAUGCUGGUUUGUGAAAGCGAUUCAAGAGACAUAAAAAAAGAGACUAUGGAUGAUAAACAUCCUAACAACCAUAAGUCCUGGAGAAAAGAUGGCCACACCCAGAGCCCGGCAGGGCAGCGCAAGUUCCACCCACGCAAGGCCACGGUCAUUCCGGGGGCCAGAGGACGACGGCCCGAGGUGUGGGGCAGAGGUGGGAGAGCCGAGGAGUCCCUCGGCACAGCCCGCGCCUCGCUCGGUCAGACUCCAGCCUCCGUCACCGGAAGUGGGGGCCCCACCCCCCUAACGUCAGGGGCCGGAAGUGAGCGUUGCUGGGCGCGGUUGUGGGGUGAAGGCGAGUGUGAGCGGGAGUGUGACUCGGCUGAGUACUAG